CUCGGCGCAUCUCGGCGCGCCUGCGCACCUGAGGGGCGCGGACCCAGGUGUCCAGUGUCUGUGGCUGUCACCGGCCCAGAUUGCGGGGCCGCGGGAGGACGCCCUGGACACCCAGGACCUGGGCGGAGAUGGACUCGGUGGUCUUUGAGGACGUGGCUGUGAACUUCACCGUGGAGGAGUGGGCUUUGCUGGACCUGGCUCAGAGGAAGCUCUACAGAGACGUGAUGCUGGAGACCUUCAGGAACCUGGCCUCCGUGGGUUCUUGCCCUCAAGUUAAAACCAGUGGAUCAAGUCCUCAGUGGGAUAUUUUGGAGAAUGAACUAUGCAGUGAAAAGAAAAUAGUAAGAUGCACAAGAAAUGAUUCCUGUUCUGUUUUUGGAGAAAACUGGAUAUUUCAUAACGUCCGAGGUCACCAAACUCAGGAGAGGGAUUUCAGAAAUGGUUUGGUGGAGCAUCUCUGCAAAGGUAAUGAAGGUCAUCAAUGUGGAGAAACCCUGAACCAGAUUACACGUCUUACUGUGCAUAAGGGUUAUCCGACUGGAAUUCAGCCCUAUAAAUGCACUAAGUGUGGAAAAGCCUUCAGGGAUUGUUCUUUCCAGAAGAAUCAGCAAAGAUCUCACCCUGGACACAAACCUUAUCCAUGUGAAGAACGUGGGGAAGCCUGCAGCUGUGUCUCGUGCCUAAAUCCUCCUGGGGAAACACACAUUGUAGAGAAACUGGAAAAACAUCAGGAUGCUGGGAGAGCAUCUAAGAGAUAUGUGAAGAGUGGCGGUAGUAAACAGUCUUUAGAGUGUAAGAAGUCUGGAAAAGCUCUCACUUGUCCCUCAUCCUUUAAGGGACGUGAGAGAGGUCACCAUCGACAGAAAAUCCAUGUGUGUAAAGUAUGUGGGAAAUCCUUUAUGUAUUAUUCCUACCUUGCACGGCAUGUGAGAACUCACACUGGAGAGAAGCCCUAUGAAUGUAAGGAAUGUGAGAAAACCUUCCGAUAUCCUGCAUCCCUGGGAGGACAUGUGACAAUGCACACUGGAGAGAAACCUUACGUGUGUAAGGAAUGUGGGAAAACCUUCAGUUGUCCCAAAUACUUCAGAAGACACGUGAAAACACACAGUGGCAUGAAACCCUAUGAAUGUAUGGAAUGCGGCAAAGCCUACAGUUGCUCCUCAUCCCUUCGAGAACACGCACGAACACACAGCGAAGAGAAACCCUAUGAAUGUCAGCACUGUGGGAAAGCCUUCAGGCAUCAGCGAUAUUUUAAAAAGCAUGUUAGAAUGCACAGCGGAGUGAAACCCUAUGAAUGUAUGGAAUGCGGGAAAGCCUACAGUUGUUCCACAUCCCUCCGGGAGCAUGAGAGAACGCACACUGGGGAGAGGCCCUUCGAAUGCCAGCACUGCAGGAAAGCCUUCACUCGCCACGCCUCCCUUCGAGGACACAUGAGAACGCACAGUGGGGAGAGAGCCUACAGAUGUACACAGUGUGGGAAAGCUUUCUGUUGGCCCUCGUCCUUACGAAAGCACGUAAGAAUGCACAGUGAGGAGAAGCCCUACGAAUGUCAGCAAUGUGGGAAAGCCUUCUGGUACCCCACAAACCUGCGAGGACACAUGAGGAUACAUGCUGGGGAGAAACUCUGAAUCCAAGGACCGUGGGA